AUGUCUGCUUCUGCUGGGAAUUUGGCAUUGGUUUGGGAUGACCUAAAAAGUGGUUUCGACGCUAUAUUCAGGCUGGAGACAAUCAAAAGAAAAAGAUACAUGGAGCUUCAUACUCAUGUUUACAAUUACUGUACAUCAGUCGACCCGAAAUCUCAUGCAACCCCCAGUAGGAAUGCUAUAGAAACUGAACCUGGGGGGAAAUUAGUAGGUUUUGAACUGUACAAAAAGUUGCGCAAUUAUUUAAAGGCUCAUGUCCACUCCUUGAAGCUAAAAGGAAAUAAUCUAGUCGAUGAAGAAACUCUUUCAUAUUUCGAAAAGGCUUGGACAGAAUUCCGUUUUGCAUCCAGAGUUCUGGAUGGGGUUUGUAAUUACUUGAAUAGACAUUGGGUUAAACGAGAAUGUGAAGAGGGACGAAAGAAUGUUUAUGUCGUUUAUACACUUGCACUGAUAACAUGGCGCGAACAUUUACUAAAACCUCACGCUAGGGUUUUAAUCAGCGCAAUUCUUCGUGAGAUCGAACGUGAACGACGUGGAGAAAUUUUAUCUACCUUACGACUAAGAAAGAUUAUUGAGUGCCUGGUUGAGUUGGGUAUUACGUCUGACCAACAGUCUUUCUCAACAUCUACGUUAACUGGAACUGCUUCAUCACCUAGUGAACCCUUGCCAUAUCUAAUGAAACCUUUUAAAUCUCCUAAUUUUCCCCCUAAACCUAGUGGUUCUACUUUAAAACCAAAUAAGUCUGAAGUGGAAUCCAGCUUGCAGGGCACAUCAAAUAAAACCACUCCAAAUUUCCGAGGUCCACUUCAUUCCGGAGAUCCAGUGGAUGAAUCGACUCCCAAUACUCCUAGUGCGACAUCAUCAUUGACAUCGGACACGCGAACCAAUCUAUCAGUUUAUCAGGAAUACUUUGAACGACCAUUUUUGACUGAAACUGAACGGUAUUACCGAUUAGAAAGUGCUCAGUUUUUGCAGUCAAACACAGUACCCGAAUACCUUCAAAAAGUGGAAACACGAUUAAAUGAAGAACGUAUUCGUGUUCAAACUUAUCUACAUAUAAGUACACUUCCCAAAUUAAUUAGAUCUUGUGAACAUUAUCUAAUUGGUGAACAUAUAGAUCGUUUAACAUCUGUCUUCUCAGAUCUUUUCAAUGAAGAUAGAGAGGAAGAUAUAUGGCGAAUGUAUCGUCUAGUUGGUCAUUUUCCUAGUGGAAUACGUGUUCUUGUCUCUGUCAUGGAAGAUCAUGUUGCUGAUAAAGGAUGGGAAGCUAUCCGUCAAGUGGCUGAAGCUGCUUUAAAUGAUCCCAAAUUGUAUAUUGAUACAAUAUUAAAAGUUCAUCAAAAACAUUAUAAUCUUGUAUUAUCCGCCUUCGCUUGGGAUCCUGCAUUUUCACGUGCCUUAGAUAAAGGAUGUGAACGUUUUAUAAAUCGUAAUGCUGUCACUGAAUUAGCUGGAAAUCAAAGAAAAUCCCCUGAACUUUUAGCUAAAUAUGCAGAUUUCUUAUUAAAGAAAAGUGCGAAAGAUAUUCAAUUAGAUGAUUUAGAAGAAACACUUGGACAAGUAAUGAAUGUGUUCCGCUAUAUUGAAGAUAAAGAUGUCUUUCAAAAAUUCUAUAGUAAAACACUGGCUCGCCGUUUAGUUUAUAAUCAAUCUGUAUCCGAGGAUGCUGAAGCUUCUAUGAUUUCUAAAUUAAAAGAAGCUUGCGGUUUUGAAUACACCGCGAAAUUACAACGAAUGUUUCAAGAUGUUAAUGCUACUAGAGAAUUGAAUGCGAAAUUUUCAGAUUAUUUACAAAAACAAGAAGAAGCCAAUGGAAGCACAAUUAAAGGAACUGAUUUUAAUAUCAUGAUUCUUAGUUCAAACGCAUGGCCAUUUCAAGCUCAAGGACCUUUUUCUAUUCCUCCUGAAUUGGAACAAUGUCACAAUACAUUUCUUGCUUUUUAUCAAGAACAUCAUACUGGUCGUAAAUUGACAUGGUGUUAUCAUUUAUCACGUGGUGAAGUUGUGACUAACUAUACUAAAACUAGAUAUAUAUUUCAAGUUUCAACGUACCAGAUGUCUGUUUUAAUGUUGUAUAAUUCAUCAUUAGUGUACACGGUGUCAGCUAUUCAACUACAAACUGGUAUUGAAGAAGCUACAUUAUUACAAAUUCUACAGAUUUUACUUAAAGCUAAAGUAUUGAAAAUUGUAUCCAAUCCAAAAUGUGAAAUAGAUCAAUCAACUGUAAUCAGUGAUGAUUCAAACGAAUCAAAUUUAUCACCGGAUACACACUUGGCGCUAUAUACAGAUUAUAAAAAUAAACGCGUUCGAGUUUAUUUAAAUGUUCCUUUGAAAAGUGAAACGAAACAAGAAAUUGAACAGACUUUAGGGAAUGUAGAAUCUGAUCGAAAAUUAAUUGUUCAGGCUUGUAUAGUACGUAUUAUGAAGACUAGAAAAGUAAUGAAACACCAUCAAUUGAUCUCGGAAGUUGUUACACAAUUAACACCUCGAUUUAAACCCACUGUAUUAUUAAUUAAACGAUGUAUUACCGCUCUCAUUGAAAGAGAAUAUAUUAAGCGAGAUAACAAUGAACGAGAUGCUUAUGAAUAUUUGGCUUAA